AUGAUUACCGUUAUAGGAUCUCUCAAUUACGACCUCGUGACAUUCUCCCCGCGCUGUCCGCGCGCAGGCGAGACGCUGCAGGGCGAGCAGCUAGAAGAGCAUCUUGGCGGGAAGGGCCUGAACGAGGCGAUUGCCACGGCUCGACUGUCUGUUGCCAAGGGCCAUGUUCGCAUGUGGGGCAACGUCGGCGACGACGAGCACGGGAAAAAGAUGAUCGCCGCUCUGACGGAGGCCAACGUGGACACCGGAUUGGUCCGUGUGCUGCCUGGUGUUCGCUCGGGCAGCGCAACCAUCAUUGUGGAGACCGAGUCUGGCGAGAACAGAAUUAUCAUUAUUCCUGGGGCCAACGGAGAACUCAACCCGAGCGACGAGCAACUGGCGGCGAAUUUCAAGGACUCCCAGCCGGGUGACUUCGUCGUGCUGCAGAACGAGUUUCCCGGCGUCCGCAAGGCGAUUGAGUGGCUGCAUGCCAACAAGCCUGACCUUUCCGUGGUGUACAAUCCGUCGCCGGUGCGGGAUGAUUUGCUGGACUUGGAGCUGCUCAACAAGGUGGCGUACCUGGUGGUCAACGAGGGCGAGGCUGAGCAGAUCACGGGCCGUUCUGGCCGCGAGAAAGACCUGCUGGCCGCGCUGCACCAGCUGCUGCCGCGUCCGACGCUGAUCAUCACACUGGGGGCCCGCGGGUGCAUUUUCCAGAGCGGCGAAACUGUCGAGCGCGUGGCAGGCGUCAAGGUUCGCAACGUGGUUGACACCACCGGCGCCGGCGACACGUUUCUGGGCGCCGUGGUGUCGCAGCUGUACUUUGGCGCAGACCUGGCCCGGGCAGUCGAGUUCGCGACGGCGGCCGCGGCGGUGGUCAUCCAGCGCAAGGGCGCCGCAGAGAGCAUCCCGGAGUACUCUAGAGUAGCAUUACGAAACUGA